AGACCUUCAACAUAAAUACCCAGGUAGGCACCUCUCUCCUAUCCAAUAUUUUCAUCUUUCCUGAUUCACCCUAACCAAACCCCAAGAAACCAUCAUCCGCCAACAUGGCUCAAUCCUAUUUUCAUCCACCACCCGAUCCCACCGACCCUACCCUCAACUUGAGGGCAUGGCAGGAUGCAACCUUCCACGGCGUCGACUAUUCUAAUAACGCCUGCACCGCCAUGAAAGAGGGCCGAUUUGAAGAGUCCGUCGAGCUGCACAAGAAAGCUCUCGAAUCCAAGCUGCGCUUCCACCCCGCAGACUCCAUCCAGGCUGCCAUCAGCUACAACGGCAUGGGCGAAGGCCUGCUGCGCGCGGGAAGAUUGGAAGAAGCAGACGAAGCCUUCCAAAAGGCGCUGCGGGUCCGAGAAGGAGGAGGCCCGGUUCUGGAUGCGGCAGUGACCCGUGACAACAUCGGCCAGCUGCGGGAGGCCCAGGGCAGAUUCGCCGAGGCUAGGGAGAUACGCAUUAGAGGCUCGGGAGAGCAGAUGGUGUGCGGAUUCUACUACUGCCCCCAUAGUCGAACGUUCACUCAAAAAGAUCUGAAAGCCUGCGGUGCAUGCCAAUCCGUUUUCUACUGCUCUAAGGAAUGCCAGAAGCAGGACUGGACCAAGCGACAUAAGCCGCUAUGCCAAGCGCGCCAGGCCGAGGGACAGUCUAGCAACCAGGGAGCUGGACAGUAAGGACCUAUCUGAGAGAAUAGGAUUCUUGGGCCAGAGAAAUGUACCCAAUGUGCAAUAGGUUAUGUUAGGUACCUAGAUAUGGUUCAGACAGUACCGUGCUAGUAGCGUUAGUUGCGCCAGCUUCUCCAUCUACUGAUAUGAGU